AUGACUAGUUCAAUAGACGUUAAGCCUAUGAAUGUUUCUGGACGAACAAUAUCUUUACACUAUAAUGGAUUUAACAGUCCUUCACAACUUUGCAGUCCUGCACCAGUUCGUUCUGGUAAAACACCAAUAUCACCAGAUGCAGUGUCUGAAUCCUGUUCACCUGUCAGUCCUGAGCAUAGUGAUGAAGAAAAUCAUCGAAUAGCUAAAACUGAUUUAAACUGUACUCUACGACGAAGACAAAGUAAACGUAGACCGCAUUUAAGUGUUCAAUCUACUAAUUUUACUACGAAUACUAAUACAGAACACAAUAAAUCACAGAAUUAUGAAACUGCAAUAGAUACAUCUACUAAAUCAAAACAACAUUCAAAUUCAUUUAAUGCUGAAUUUGUAUUACGUAAAGAACCAGAUCCAGGGAGUGGACGUUUACCGCGUUAUAUUCGAGUGGAACAGGAUAAGGAAGAUGAAGAAUUCCUAUCUCGUAUGCAUGCUAGACCUUUAAGUAUUGCUGUAGAUUCUAUUUCUCAGCUUAAUUUCUAUACAGUUAAACUUACAGAGGAUAAUUGUAAUACAACAACACUUCGACAUUCUCCUUCAAAAAAAGUCGAUAAAAAUUGUGAUGAUAAUUCUGAAAAUGUUACUUCAUCCAAUGAUGUUGAUGACAGUGUAUGUGAUAAUUCCCCUGAAAAUAUCAUUUUCGUUAAAUCACAUCGAAUGUGCUCUUCAGAGGUGAGCUAA